AUGGGUAGUUACAGUGAUAACGAAGAUGAAUUUUUUGACGCCCGUGAGGCGUUUGCUUCAAUGUCUGACUCAGGCUCCGAUUGCUCCCUAGAAGACUAUUCUACCUCUGGAUUCGACUAUGAUUAUUGGGUUGGGAAUCUGGAAAAGGGAUAUCUAAUACACCAUAUAACAGGUCGUGAGCAUAUAAUAGGUCUCAGGUCUCAGGCAGGUUCCUUAAGCAGAAGCACUUGUUGUCAGAGUGUGGUCUCUUCUGUGGACAAGAAGUUGGAAGUCAAGCAACGAUUUCUUGAGAUCUUUCAAGAGGAAAAUUACCCUGUGGAGUUUGGGUAUAAGUCUAAGGUUAUAACAACCGAUGCUCGUGUAGAUACUGACAUCUGGCGAAAGAUGGUACAGGUUGUUGUGAAGGGGCAACUACAUGCUUAUUAUAACUGGGCUAUUGCCAUAUCUGAUAGAGCCAAACUCCAUGGACGCACAAAGGAAGCUAAAGAACUAUGGAAACAAGCAACAAAGAAUUAUGAAAUAGCUUAUGGAUUAGUAGAAGACACAUCAAGAACUGGAGUACCAGUUGUUGGGAAUGAGAUUCCUUUCAAUGAAUUAUACAGUCAAUCUGCUAUCUAUAUAGCAUGGGAUGGAGAAGGGGAAACAUGUGUGAUAGAGGUGACAGUGAGUGGUGCAUGGAGUGAAAGUGAAACAGUAAAGAUUGCACGUUUAGUGGCAUCUUCUUCACUUACCAAGGCAUGA